AUGGAUGUCCAGCCUGCACGUGUACCUGACCUUCCACAGCCAUCGCCUCAAGAUUUCACACACGUUAGCGUGGACACCCUGCUUCAAACUUUUCAACCGGCUGGUGUAAUCGACUCUGAUACUUUGCCCUUCCCGACCUCGGCUUUUGCGAGGUCGCUCCAAGACGUUCUUCAUGUUCACCUUCCAAUGAUACUAGAACAAACCAGGAAAGUCAUUGAAGGGGUAACCAACGCCUACGAACCCAAUGUUGAUCCCACGUGGAGUGCAGGUAGCCUUCUGGGUCAAACCUUUUGGGAUUUCGAUACACUCUGUGAUUCAUUCGACCUGUUGAAAGACGUGCUGGUGGAUACAGGAAUUGGGGCCCUCCCUCUGACAGUCUCCAAAGCGCCCAACGUAGCCCCUCAGGUAACCUAUGAGUAUCCUCCAGUAGACGAGGUUACAAUGGUCAAGCAGGUGGAGGAUAGCUUUGCAAAAGUGAUGUCAACUAAGGAGGCUGCAGAGGUCGCUCUUAAUACUCUCCUUCAUGAGCCCAAUUUGGCGUCGCGUACAUAA